UAUAUUAUAUCACCUAUCUAGUAGAUAUUGCCGAACAGUCCCGAGUACACUGAUAAGAAUAUAAGAUGCUACUGCAUCAUGUUACAUGAUGGUUGAUGAGUAUGAUCACUGCGAAUAAUUCGCAUCAUGUUAGAACGGAAGUGUGACGGUGAACCUAAAAGACGGUCAAUCGGAAGACGGAUAAUCGAGAUUCACGGUAUAAGGAAUAAUAGGUACUUUUACUUUGUCAUGGAAGUAACGAUUUAGCGCGUCUCAGUCCUGCGACGAUAUAGAUAAUCCUGGUUGGUGGGAGGGGUCAAGAGGACCAGUUUUCGACUGUAAUCACAACCGGCGCGCUCCGACGUUCGAGCAUUCGGCAGUCGGUCACAGCACACUCGUCUUGUCGGUGUCUUGCUACUGAACACUCGCUGAUCCGUUGCCGCGACCAACCCUCGGUGGUCGUACUAUCAAUAACGCUCCGCCGACAUCAUUCCACAGCGCCCAAACUGCUGCAGUCUCACGCAUGCCACCAGCAAUUCGGCGUCUAGUAAUCACCGACAGCUACAUCCGUGCUUAACAGGAAACGUUUCAGUAACUGUUGACAAGACAAGCAAUAUGAAUCCCAUUUGCACAUUUCACAUGAGUGGGUUCUGUCAGUUAGGAAUAAAAUGUAUCAAUAAACACGAAAAGCCGUCAUCGGAACUGGAUGUUGCAUCUACCAGCAAUCAAGACAAUCAGAAGACACCCACUAUAAAGCCUGAAAUCAACGAUGUCAUCGACCAGACUACAGCUGAUGACAAGUUCCAUCAAUUACACACAGAUUUAACAUUACUUAGAGAUGAGAAUACUGAACUGAAUUCACAAUUAAAUAUUCUUAAGAAAUACUCGUUAUCACUACAGAGAAGGUUGAAAGAUGAAACGGAUAAGAAUUCUAAGAUUGUUGAGGUAUUGCAUGAAGGUCUGUUCCAAGAUGAGGAAUAUCAGUGCCCUGUUUGUAAAGAAGUAUUGAUAAAGCCAGUAUUGGUGGGUUGUGGACACAUGUUUUGUGAAUGGUGCAUUGACAAAUGGUUGGAGAAAUAUAAUCAUUGUCCAACAUGUCGGGUUAUGGUACUCAAUUAUACACACUGUUUGAAUAUGGAUAAUUUUAUUGAAAAAAGAAUGGAGCUGAUGCCAAAUGAAAUUAAAUUGGCACACAAGAAUUUAAAAGAAGACCGAGCUAAGGAAAAAGAAACAAGUAUACAAAUUCGUAUUAAUCGUAGGCAACUUGAAAUUAAAACAAUGUCAUUAAAUACAAGACAGCCAUCAAAUAUGUAACACGUUAACAAUCUCAAUCUCGCUAAAUAACUUGGUAAUACAAAUUUUGAAUUAUUUAGCAUAUAAGUGAUUGUGUACCACGUUCAAAAAUAGCUUAAAGAAAGUCUUUUAUAGUCUACAAUGUUUCAUGCAAUCAAUUUGUUGAAUAAUUUUGAUACAUAGUAACUAUUUUUAUAGAAUACUAAUAAUUCUAAACAAUUGUUUGUAUGU